AUGGAGGAAUCUUCUUCGAAUCUUCCGUCGAAAGCGAGAGAGAUUCUUGUGAAUCCAACCAACGAAGAAAUAGCGAUGACUUUGAAUCAACUUUUCAUGCGUCAAGACUCUCAACAAUAUCAAAGAUCGCGUAUUUUGUACAAUAUCUGGGUCUCUCAUAACCCAUCUUCCUUAACCCUCAAGCUUCUUAUGGUCUACCAAUCUUCUUCUUCCAAUAGCGUUCUCAGAUUCAGAUCAAUCUAUCAACUCUCCCAAACCCUAACCGAUGUCAAGUUCAAACCCUCUCUCGACUCUCUCUUUGAAAUCAAAGGGGUUUUGAUUCCAUGCUUGACAAUGAAAGAUACCAAAGAAUCUGACUUCAAGAUCCUUAGAAAAAUCGUGUCUUGGGUAGCUUACAAUGUUGUAGUGUUGCAUAAAAGCAAAUUUCACGAGCUUAGCGAUUGUAUAAUCUUGCUCGCAGAAAGAGAACCUGUCAAGGCUUUUCAUGUCUUCAUCGAUUUGCCACCAGUUUACAAUGAGUUUAUUGAUAAGUUGUUGGAGACGAUUUUACAGAGAGCUGAGAGUGUCUUGCUUAGUCCAGUUAGAGCUGAAGAUUGGAGCUUGGCAUUUCAAACUUUUGUUAAAAUGUGGAUUCAGCUUGUGUAUACAAAGAUGGAAGCCAAGAAAGUGAUGGAGUUAAUGGUGGCUCGGCUUUCGACUGUUGUGAAAUCAGUAAUUGAGCUGGUGAAUAAGGAAGAGGAAGAGUUUUUGGUACAAGGGCUUGAAGAUUUUGAGAGGUUCUUCUCACGAGAGAUGAGUCUGUAUCAUUACACUAACGAUCAAUGCCAUUUUGUGUUGGCUUCUAUGAUUGAGAUGGAAGGAGUAGUUAGAGGAACUGAGGCCAAGGAGAUUGUGAGGAAGAUCAAAAUGUUGGUUACAGAACCGGAGAUCAAACCACAGGAUGGUUUUAAGUAUCGUAGAGAAGAGUUUGAUCGUGGCUGGUAUGAUUGUUUGAAGAGUUUAUCUUCGUUGGAAGUGUUAAAGAUCUUUGCUUUUACUCAACUUGAAGAUAGGUCCAGAGAGAUUGCAAUCAGACGAGUCAACGUCUUACUAUCUGAUCACUUUUCAAAGAAGGCACGAAUUGGUAUUUCAGAGUUCAGAAAACUCAAGCCAUUGCUCAUCUCUUGCCUUAAGGAAGGAGGAAUCUCUGACAGUAUGUUCAAAGUCCUAGUGAUAAGCACAAGGCUAGAGCCACCAACAGUGUUGUUGGUAGAUAACAGUUGCUGGGUCUUGGCGUUUACGGGUGCCUUUUGUGCGGUUAUUCACUUGAUAGAUGACCCAGAUUAUGCUGAAUCCCUUAAGGAGAUUGCAUAUAAGAUGAUAGAUUCAGUGAGGAAGCUUGUGGAAAGAGAAAUGGAAGUUGGGCUUGUGAGGAGAGCUUUCAGAGAUGUGGAAACUAUAGUGAAGAAACAACUGGAAUGGUACGGGAAGUUAGAAUACAAAUUGGUUAAGGGACUGCUUUGGAGACUCUAUGCAAUCAAAGGCAUGAAAUGGGAAAGUAAGUUUGUGUUGUGGAGAAUCAAUGUGAUUGUUGAGAGAGGAGUGCAUAAAAUAAUGCUUAAAGAGCUGCCAAAAGAUGAUGAGUUUGAUUGGCUGAACAUACAUGAUGAUGAUGGCGAUGAUGAUGAUGAUGAUGAUGAUGAUGAUGAUGAUGAUGAUGAUGAUGGUGAUGGUGAUGGUGAUGGUGAUGAUGAAGAGUAA